GCAAGUUGUCGUUGUUGUAACUCUGGUCUGGGGAGGGGACACAAGGUCGCCUCAAUGCGGGGAGGGGGAGCAAUGGUGGGUCAACGGGUGGGAGAGAAGUGGGUCAACAAGGGGGUCGGGAAGUGGAUCAAUAGUGGGUCAAUAAGUGGGUCAAUAAAGGGAAGUGGAUCAAUAGUGGGUCAAUAAAGGGAAGUGGAUCAAUAGUGGGUCAAUAAGUGGGUCAAUAAAGGGAAGUGGAUCAAUGGGGGAGGGAAGAGAGGUGGGUCAAUGGGUGGUGGAGGGGGGGGGAAGUUACGUCACGGAGAGGGAGGAGCUUCGGGAGAGCGUGCGUGCAGUGCGUGCGUGCGCGGGCACGUGCGCGCGCGAGGGCGUGCCGUGCCCGUGCGUGACGUCAGCCGCAUCCGACCCCGUUUCAAACGUCCCCAAAACAAACGGACGGCGAAGAAGAAGAAAGAAAUUUUUUUUUUAAAAAAAUAAACAAACACGGGGAGAAACGCCGGCGCCCGAGCCCGACUGUACCGGCCGCCGAAACAAUUAUGAAGUUCAAUGAGCGGAGUGUGGCCUACUAUGCCACCUGUGACUCCCCUACGGACAAGACUGGAUACUUGCAUAAGAAGGGGGAGCGGAACACUGCUUAUCACAGGCGCUGGUUUGUUUUGAAGGGCAACUUACUGUUUUACUUUGAAGAAAGGGAAGGCAGGGAACCUGUUGGAGUGAUCAUUCUUGAGGGUUGUACCGUGGAAUUGUGUGUGUCUUCGGAGGAGUAUGCCUUUGCAAUCAAGUUUGAAAGUGCUAAAUCGCGGACUUAUAAAAUGUCCGCUGAAAGCCAAAGGGAAAUGGAGUCCUGGGUUAAAGCUCUAUCUCGUGCCAGCUUCGACUACAUGCGGAUUGUUGUUAAGGCACUUGAGAAGCAGUUGGAAGAAAUGCAGCAAAAGAGAUUAAAUGCUCGCAGAAGCCAAAAAAGAUCAAUGAUAAGAAAACAUUCAAGCAGUCCCCAAAUUGGGCCACAAGUCCUGCACGAACCCUCUGCACGUUACGGGAGCACCACAAAGGAAAACGGCUAUGCCUUCUGGAGCACCACACAAGAGUUGAACGGCACUGCUGUUGGUAGUAAUUCUAACAGUUCCCUGAAGUCUGUAUCAGACCAUGCACCCGACAUCCCAAUACACACGCAGCGCUUUCCUCCGCCUCUCCCACCAAGACGGCGACCAGGCUCAGUCGGAAUGACAUCUGCGAGUUGCAGUCAGUUGCUCGCUCAGGAACCCGCAGGGUCGGGUAACUCCAGUUUCUCUAGGAUGCACGAAUGGUUCGGCUUUGAAGUCCUUCAGCUGCGGCGGCAGUGGAACGAGAACAAGCUUCAGAACGACGCUGCCUCACAUCAGCCUCAAACUAGUUGAACCAAAAAUUAAACUCAUCUUGCAUUACAACCACCUCUUAAGAUAUGCUCGGGGUUUUUGAGUUAAUUCUGCCUCCGACACCUUGACAUUACAGUUAAAUAGAUGUUUCCACAGGAGGAAUACAGCUGGUACUGUACACUCGCCUCCAUUUUAACUUGUUUCUAUCAUUGAGGUGGAACAUGAGGAGGAGGUUGGAUGGACAUUGUACAUAAUUUGCCUUUUUGGUUUCUGUCUCCUUUCGGACAGGUGCAAUCCGUGGAACUUUCCUUUAAAAAGAGCAGAUAUUCUUUUUGACUAAAAAAACAAAAAACAUCCUCCUUGCGAAACAUGCCAGUCAUUUUCAAUCAAUACCUCAAAUUGCCAAGCUUCCACCGGCUAUUGAAAUAGAUUUUUUUUAAAAAAAGAAAUAACUUUUGCUACUCCCCAGGUUUUAACAUUACUGUAAGAGGUGAAACAUCUUUCUUUCUUCCUCCUCCCCGCAUGCAGGAAUUUUUGUGCGUUCCUAAGAAUUCACCAUCUCAGUUCCAAACACUAAUGUGAGAGUUCAGUGGUAAACUGAAUUCCCGACAUAAAAGGCUCUAAACAAAUGUAAUUUUGUAUUGUAAAUGCACCUUGUUGUAGAGAAUGGUAUGCUUCUGGUCAGUGCUGAGUUUGAACCCCAA